UUGAGUUGGUACCAUCCAAUUGGGUAUCCAAUGGAGUUUGUGCUUGGCCACCAUAUAAAACUGGAGAUAUCCAUAAGGCUAUAAUAAAUAAAGAGCAGCCCAAAGAAAACUGGAAAUCAUUUAAGGUUGAGGUUAUGUACACAACAGAUAAUUACAGAACUGCAAGACUGAAGCUUCCAGUUGCCGAAAGACACUCAGAUUUGCAGACAGCAGAAGAUGAAGAAGACAAUGAAAUUCCAAAAAGGACAAAAAGAAGGAAAAUAGCAAACACAAGAUUUGAUAGUGAUAGUGACGGUGAUGUCUGUAGCAAACCCAAAAGCCAUCUACCUCCACCACCCAAGAUAACCCCUCCUCAAAAAUGUUCAAAAUCAACCGCCAAGAUGUCUGCUGACCAUGGAGAACUUGGACGAAAUGCAAAAUCAAUGUGCAGGAUGCAUCAACCUGACAGUGUUCAGCUACAUUCAGAAUGUAGUUCCACUGAAUGUGGAAGAUGCAGUCAAGAAAGGAAAAGCCUGAGAAAUGAUUACAGAAAUCAAAGUGCAUCUACAGUGGAAGAGCACCUAACCCCAGAGUGUGUGGAAAUUGCAGAUACGGCGUUUAGACACCGGUCUACCUCACAACAAAAUGAUGGACCAAAUCAAGACAUUUAUGGCACCGUUCUUCGAAACAUUCUGGUUAAGCAGGAGAUGAUGAUGGAGCAAGUCAAAGUGAUUUUAAAAACCGUACAAGACCUUCAUGAGAAAUGCUGUAGUGACAGUGGUUCAGAUCCAGUGCUGGAAAAGACAUUCUUCCACUACAAGAUCUCACAUCCCUGCAACAGUUUGAAAGUGACCUAG